GCAAAUGCAUGGUAUAUUUGACCGGAGUCAAAAAGGAAAAGCCAAAGCACGAAACUCAAUGUCGUUUUCAAUUUUGUGCCGCUCAUUAAGUGAGUUACGGCACAUUCCCAUAUCCACUCUGAAGACAAAAUUUCAGUCUUUGCUAUCAAAGCCAUGCUCACCAAACUGCAUGUCAUUGUCUGAGGCCAUUAUCGCCAUGGAGGUGGCCUAUUGGCAAAGCAUUUCACAUGGAUAACAUAACUGGUUCUCUUAAGUGCUUUUCAAUUCGGAAUGUUUGUUCAAACUGGGCUUGUUUCUAUAUGUUGAAGAAAAUCAACAUACCAUGAGCUUCUUUCUUUAUUGCACCGUUGAUUUUUUGCUAACAUUGGGUACCUUUCUUCCUACAUGUCACAUGGAGUACAAAUGCACAUCUUUUUCUACUUUGCACAAAAAACCCACCACAAGACGAACCUCUUUUGGUUAUCUUAUGUGUUCUUGAUCAAAAAUAGAAAUGGAACAUUGGUCUUUGACAGCCACUCCGAAUACUUGUUUCUCAGUGGUUUCUUUUCCAUAUAUACCUAGAGAGGAGAAAAAGUGUGUGUGUGUGUGAGAGAGAGAGAGAGAGAGAGAGAGAGUUCUCCUUUGACAUAGGGUGUGAACCUAUUUAGUACCUUCCUAGUCUCCUAUGUGAUUAGGGACAUGAUGUCUAUCAGUUAUUGACAUCGGUUAUUAAGAAUUGGGUUCCAACCCAUAUCAAGAAAUAUGAAGAAUCAUGCUUCUAGUUUUCUUAAAGAAAAGGAUGAUAUUUCUAACCAGAUGAAUUCUCAAAUUUUCGAAUUCUGUGAUCCUGAUCAACUUUUCCCAGAGACCCUUCAGAACUCUGAGGUCACUUCUUGCUCCAAUGGUUGCUAUGAAGAGAACUCACCAUAUGCUACACAACUUCCAUUACCCCCUGAUAUAGAAAAGUUCAAUAGCUACCAGGACAACAAUGCUAAUACUGACAACGCUGCCACUGCCCCCACCCCAACAACUACCAGCACCACCAGCACCACUACCACUGCUACAACUGCAGCUACUAACAACAAUACCAACAAUACUAACAACAUGUCCAUAAUCUUUGACACACAUGAGGAAAUUGACAAUGACAUCUCAGCUUCCAUUGACUUCUCUCCAUCCCCUCCCUUUUCUGUGCCUCAUUUAAUUCUCACUUCCCAGCAAGAACAGUUUGAUUAUUCUUCAGUAGAGCCACAAAUUUCUUUAGCAGAUAAUUCUGUUAUUGAGGGACUUUCCCAUUAUCCUAGUGACUCAGUUGGGCCUAUUAUGCCGGGUCCAUUACCAUCAGUUUUCGAAGAGGACUGCUUGUCUUCAGUGCCUUCUUAUGUAGCUCUUAACCCUUCUUCUCCUUCCUGUGCUUUUCUUGGAUCCACCAUGGGAACUUACUUGUCUGCUGGGGCUAUGAACGCUGCUACCUUAUCUGCUGACAAUUCUGGGAUUUUCGCUGGCAGUAUUCUCAUGGCUUCUGAGUUGCAGCCACAGGAACUGGAAUAUCAGGGAGACAGUGGUGGAAUUUACUGUCCUGAUUCAAUUCAAAGGGUUUUUAACCCUGGAGAACUUCAGAGAUUCAGAUUUGAAGGACUUCUGUUUGAGACUUAUGGUCCAAAAUCAUCCAUGGAGCUACAUAGGGCCACAUCCACUGCACUUAGCACUGAAAGCCAACAACUGGUUGCUGUGGGUGGAGCUGGGAAUUCUACUUCUUUAGCUACAGAGAUUCCAAAUAUGGGAGACCAAAAUUUCAAAGUAGGAAAGCUCUCUGUUGAACAGAGGAAGGAGAAAAUCCACAGGUACAUGAAGAAAAGGAAUGAAAGGAACUUCAGCAAGAAAAUCAAGUAUGCCUGUCGUAAAACGCUCGCAGACAGCAGACCUCGAGUUAGAGGAAGGUUUGCUAAGAAUGAUGACUUUGGAGAGACCCCAAGGCCUGCAUGUAGCAAUCAUGAAGAGGAGGAGGAUGAAGAAGUUGUGGUGAAAGAGGAGGAUGAAAUGGUUGACUCCUCUGAUAUCUUUGCUCAUAUCAGUGGAGUGAACUCAUUCAAAUGUAACUAUCCCAUCCAAUCCUGGAUCUGAUUAGUUUCCAAAUGGCAUUACACAAUUUCUACCAAUUUUGCAGGACCCUCUUUCAGCCAAGGAUUUCUAUGUAUCCUGGUUUAAUUGGAAGAAAAAAAAAAAAAAAGAAUAAUUGGGGUCAUUAAUUAUAUAUUUAUAAAUAAUUAAGGCAGGCUUUUAUAGAAAAAGUGAAUAACAAUGUAAUUUUUGUAGAUACUCUUCUUUAUACCAAACUACAAAAAAAGGUUACACCAUAAGUUGUACAAUAUUUUUAUGCCAUCUUACUUUGCUGCAAAAAAUAGUCUAAUUAAUUCAUGUAGUUUACCUUUUUUUCC